CUAAAACCGCGGCAGUAUUUCGAACUCGAUCGCAUUUCUUCCCAAGUUGGCGGAUCUGUUAAGCUGUUGCAAUCGCGCGCCGAGAAUCUUCGAAAAUGCCUCCUCCUCCAAGCCAUGGCGCCCCCGGGCAGUCGAAUGUAGACAAGCUCAAGAUGGGUGCAAUGAUGGGUGGCACUGUUGGCGUGAUUAUCGGCUUCAUUUUCGGAACCGUCAACAUCUUUAGGUACGGAGCUGGGCCAAACGGUAUCAUGAGGACGCUUGGGCAAUACAUGUUGGGAUCCGGGGCAACAUUUGGAUUCUUCAUGUCGAUCGGCAGCGUGAUUCGGUCAGAUUCGUCACCCAUUAUCCAGGAAGCCUACAUACGUGCCCAGAGACGGCCAAUGAUCAUGGCGUCGCACGCAUUUCGCCCCUCCUCGACGCCUCGACGCACUUCCGAUCAUUGAAUGUGCAUCACCGUGGCCGCAGCCGGAUGACGGAGGGCGCCUCUCGCUCUCGUGCUCACCAUCCCCCGCUGGUGAUAUCAGAGAGCAAUGUAGUUAAUUAAUGUACAUAUAGUUUCACUCCUGGGCUGGUAUGGCUCUGGUGCUAUAAAGGAAAAACGAAGUCUGCCCUGCUUCUAUCUUCACGACGGGUUACUGCAGUACGUACUCGGUACAGAGAGAACAUCCGAAGGGAGAUGAACAUGCACUCGCUCACUGUCUGGGGGAAAAGGAAAGACAUUGAGGCAGCCGCUCAAGCCAAGUUACGUACUAUGUUCCAG